AUGUCUAAGAAAACAAGUAGAAACCCAAGAGCUACCGACAAGAAGCUACUGCAUGAAUACCAGCAGACUAAUUGUCCUGGUGGACCUGCAGAAUCUAAGGAGAAGGACAAAACGAAAGCUGGAAGGAACCCCAAGGUAAACACCACUGGGGACUGCAUUUCAAUUGAGGGUGUGGUCAAAGAUCACAACGACCCUGAGCCUCCCCCACCUUUGGGCACAAGCAGAGCUACCAGCGUCAACAGCAUCACAGGCCCCCACAGCAUGGAAGACUUUGAAAAGCACUACCAAUGCCUGCUGCUGGCCCUGCAUGCCAGCCGAACACAGAACCAGCAGCUCUGCAGUGAGGUGCAACACCUGAAGCAGGAGAAGAAAGCCCUACAGGGUCAAUCGGGGAAAGAGAAGGAGGAGAUGAUGUUAGCUUCCGAAGAACACGAUUUACAAUCUGCCCUGGCCCACAUGCAGCAGGCAGCCGAAGAAAGAGCACUGGAACUGGAGCAGGUCACCAGCUACCUGGAGGCUGCCAAGAAGCAUGCAAUUGAGCUGGAGAUGAAACUCUGUGCAGUCUCCACCUCACAGGAGGAGACUAAGGACAACAACAUAGAGCUCACGAACACCCUGAACUGCAUGCAGCUGCAGCUCCAGGAAAAGGCCAGAAGUUACGAAGACCUGGAGGAAGAGAACGUGAAGCUGCAGGAGAGGCUGGAUGUGCUCCUGACACACAAGGCUGAUAUGAAGGUCAAGAUGCAAGAGUUGAAUGACAUGAAAGAACUGUUGACAGAAUUCAAGUUGGAGAGACACACCUUGGAGGAGGACUUGAAGGUGAAGAGCUCCCAGUGGAAUGAGAAGGUCCAGCAGCUCCUGGGACAAGUGAAACAACUGAGAGCAGAGGAGAAAGAAGAGCAGCUGACCGAGCUGCCACACGCCCAGCCUCCUGCGGGACCAUCUCAGGCUGAGGCCCAGGCCCUGCCUCUGCAGAAGGAGCUCAAGAACCUGGAAGAACAACUUCAGACCGCGGUUAAAGAAACCCAGAGCGUCGAUCUUCAGAACCUGGAGCAACAGCAGCAGCUGUGGCUACUGGAGAAGAACGCUGAGGUAUGGGAGGAGGAUGACCAGCAUCGGCUCAAGAUGCUGGAGACAAUGGAGAAGGAGCACGAGACCAUGCAAUGCUCACUGGUGGCACACAACCGAGAACUGCCAGCUCAGCUGGCCCAGCUGCAGGAGACCUGCCACAGGCUGAGCGCUGAGAAGGAGGAGCUUGCCAGCCUCCUGCACUCGGAGCAACAGGGGAAGAAACAUGCAGGAGAAGCUGCAGCAGCGAGAGGAGAAGAUGGAAGAGAGCUGCAUGAGCGGUACCUGGCCCAGCUGCAGGAGCUUAGAGCCACCUGUGAGCAGCACCUGGCUGCCAAUCAGCAGCUGAGCACGGAGAAGGAGGCCCUGCAGCAGCGCCUGCAGAGGCAGACCCAACUGCUGCAGCAGCUGCAGCAGGAGCAGGUGCAGAAUCAGCUGACGAUCCAGACCGUACCCCAAAAGUUACAGGCCACCCUGAGUUGCCUGGAAGCCACUCGACAGGAAAACAAGCAGCUGCGGGCCCAGCUGAGCUGCCUGGCCUUCCCUCGGGAAGGGGAAGCCGUGACCAAAGAAGAGGAGGGUGAGGAGGCCACUCCCGCUGCUGUGACUGUCCCAGCGGACGUCGACAACCCACAAACCAUGUGGGAUUUUUACCGUGUAGCCCCCUCAGUGGCUGAAUCAAAGAAGCUAAAGCUCAGCCAGCAGCUGCGGGAGCAACAGGCCCGCUGCAAGUGCCUGCACCACCUGACAGCCCACUGCCAGAAAAAGCUGAAGCGUCAGGGCCUCCUCCCCAAGAUCUGGAACCACGGCACAUCUGGGAAGAUAAAGCAGGACACACGGGUGCCGGAGAAGAAGCUGAAGAUCUGCUUCACCUACAACCUGCCUGUGCCUGACAAGCUGGACCACCAGCAUCAAGUGGAUGACCUCCAACGUCAGUGCAGCCAGCUGUCGGAACAGGUCAGCGCCAUGGAAGACUCCAUAGUCUUCUACAAGGAACAGCUGGAAGUCCUGGAUGAGCUCUAUCGGGAAAAAGAUGAGAGUGUCAACCAGCUGUCCCAGGACAAGAGGCAGAAGAAGCAAGAGCUGCAGGAGCUCCUGUUGCAUCUUGCAGGGAAAGACGUAGAGGGCCAGGACAAGACACUGGCAGCGGCCCACAGCCCUGCUACUGAGGCCAUGUCACCCCUGGCAGGCCCCAAGAUGGACAUUUCAGAGGAUCAGCAAGGUUUUGAAGACAACAUGACGCCUGCCCAAGUGGAAGCUGGUCCCCUGGAGAACCCCACGGCAGAGCAGAUGGGGCUGCCGCUGCCCUAUGUCCAGCACCACCAAGAACUUGCAGGCCUGCGUCCUGAGCCCUCCUACCCUGUCUUCUCCAGACUGACGCGAAUGUUGAACUUGCAGUAUUGA